AUGAGCGGAAUCCUGAUCUUGGGGCUCCUGCUGGCUACCCCCAGCUGCCAUGGCUACAAUGAGGAACUGGCCAAGUGCUUCCAGAACCCCGAUUAUUAGUCCUUCCUCGUCACAGCCCAGGAGGGGCUCCACGUCUCCCCUCUGCUCAUGCGUGUGGUGGUAGUGGGAGCUGGCAUGUCAGGCUUGGUAGCAGCCAAGACCCUGCAACACGCUGGCCACGAGAUGAGGAGAGUGACCGUCUUGCAAGCCAGCAACCACAUCGGGGGUCACAUGGUCUCAUUCAGGAACAAGGAGGAGGGCUGGUACGGUGAACUGGGGCCCAUGCGAAUCCCAAAAUCCCACAGGCUGGUCCACACCUAUGUCAGGAAGCUUGGCCUGAAGCUGAACAAUGGCAACACCUGGUUUCUCAUCAAAGGACAGCGCUAUCGUACCUUGGAGGUCAAGGCCAACCCAGAGCUCCUGGGCUAUUCCAUGAACCUCACAGAGAAGGGCAAGAGCGCUGUGAGUCUCUUCCAUCUGUCCAUCAACAAGCUCAGGCAAAGUCUGAACACGUUCAACUGCAGCCACCUGAUGUCCUUUUUUGAUUCUUACUCCACCAAGGCUUACCUGCUGAAGGAAGGGAAGUUGAACCAAGCAGCAGUAUAUAUGAUGGGGGAUGUGAUGAACAAAGAUACUGGAUACUAUAAAUCCCUCAGGGAGUCCCCGCGGUCUGCUUUCAUCUUCUCUGAAAGUGAAGACUUUUCCGAGACCACCGGUGGCUUUGACCAACUCCCCAACACCCCCAGCGCCAGCCUGAAGCCUGGCACCAUCCGUCUGAGGUCCAAGGUGGAGGUGGUGGCGAGGGUCGGGCCUGAGGUGCGGGUGUCGUACCGCACGGGCAGGCGGGCCUCGGCGCUGGGCACCCUCACCGCAGACUACGUCGUGGUCUCCGCCUCUGCCAAGGCCACGCGCCUCAUCGCCUUCCAGCCGCCCCUGUCCCCAGACAAAACAGAUGCCCCGCGCUUGGUGCACUACACCAGCACCACCAAGGUGGUUUUGACCUGUGAGGAGUGCUUCUGGGAACAGGAUGGCAUCUGGGGCGGAGAGUCCAUCACGCACAGGCCCUCGCGCCGCAUCCUCUACCCCAGCCACAGCUUCCCCAGCGGUAAGGGCGUCCUGCUGGCCUCCUACACCAGGGACGACGACUCCCUCUUCUUCACGGCCUUGGAGCACGACCAGGUGGCAGAUAUCGUCCUGGACGACCUGGCGGCUGUGCACCAGAUACCCAAGGAGGAGCUGCAGCGCAUGUGCCCCUCUGCUGUGGUCAAACAAUGGUCUCUGGACCCCCUCACCAUCGGCACCUUUGCUAUGUUCACACCCUGCCAACUUGUGGACUACACGCAGCAGCUUUCCCAGCCAGAGGGUCGCAUCCACUUUGCAGGUGAGCAUACCUACCUGCCCCUUGGCUGGAUGGACACCGCCAUCAAGUCUGGCCUCCGGGCAGCCAGGAACAUCCAGGCUGCUGUGGAGGAGGAGGCCCCGCCAUGA